AUGGGAUCAAUAGCCCCAGAGCCUCCCCUGAAAGUUAUCAUUGUUGGAGCAGGUCUGGGAGGAUGUGCAACUGCUCUGGCUAUGCAUCAUGCGGGAUUCGAAGUCGUCGUGUUCGAAAAGGUCCGGGAAUUCCUUCGGCUAGGAGAUUCGCUCGGACUGGGUGAAAAUGCUUUCAAGCUGCUUGAUCGAUGGUCGCCGUUACUGCGAGACAGACUUAUCGAGAUCGGCAACAAGUCUCCGAUGAUGCAAAUUCGACGGUGGCACGAUGGCAAAGUCCUGGCUCAGCAGCCGUUGAUGGAUAUGGCUGGUUAUAUCGGUCAUCGAGGUGACUACCACAAGGGCUUUCUCGACGCUGUUGCUGAGAAGGGGAUCCCCGUCCAUAUGGGCCAGGAGGUUGUCGACUACGAUGAUGCUGCGCCUUCGGUAACGCUGAAGAAUGGUGAAAAGCAUUACGCCGAUAUCGUGAUCGCUGUCGACGGGAUCAAAUCGCGAGCUCGAGAACUUGUGCUUGGAUUUGACGACAAACCCAAGUCGUCAGGGUAUGCCUGCUUUCGAGCGUUCUUCAAGGGCGACCAUCUCCGAGGCGACCCAUUAACUGCCGAGUUCGUCGAACAGGAAUGUGUCAACAUCUGGAUCGGCAAGGAUAAGCACCUGGUUCAGAAUACCUUGCGGAACGGCGAGGAGUUUAACUGGAUCAUCACCCACAAGGACACCGAGGACAUCAAGGAGUCUUGGUUCCAGCCAGGCGAUAUGGAUGCCGUUCGUGAGCUCGUUGAAGAUUGUGAUCCGCGAGUUGCGGCAAUAGUCAGGAAGACCGACUCCUGCCUGGAUUGGAAGAUCUGCUACCGUGACCCCAUCCCGACAUGGGUCAGCAAAAACCAUAAGGUCGCCCUGAUCGGAGACUGCUGUCAUCCACAUCUGCCUACCAGUGCUCAAGGAGCCAGCCAGGCCACCGAAAGUGCUGCCGUGCUUGCGCAAUGCUUGUUGCUGGCAGGCAAGGAUGAUGUGCCAUUGGCGACCCGAGUAUACGAGAAGAUUCGAUUCCCGCGGGUCCGAAGAUCGCAGACCAAUGGUGAAGACUUGCGGGACCGAUGGCAUGGCGCCUUGGACCGGGUAGCCGAAGGAGAGGAGAUUGAUCCGGAUAGCAUUUUGAUCAAGAAUGCUGUGCUGUAUGACUACGACGCCGAGGCGGAUACGGUCAAGCGAUGGCCAGAGGUGUCCAAGAUCGUGGCCGAGGAAUUGAGGACGGGAAAGAUCACUCCCCUUUGUUGA